UCCUUGUCAGUAGAAAGGAAGAACCCUGGCAUUAGGGUUUUGGGGGGUUUUGAAUCCAUGGGUUUUUGAGCGAGAGCGAUGCCAGGGAUCGCGCGAGCGCUCAUGAAAGCGACGACGAGCAUUGCCUUCCCAUCGUCGGCGCCGCCGCAAUCCUUCCAGUUCCAGGCUUUUCUCCCACGCAAAUCCCUCGCGCAGGCCAGCAGCAGCAGCAUCAAUCGCAGCGUCUCUUCCUCUUCUCCUUGUUCCUCUUCUAGGGAUUUUGCAUCGCCGCUCUUGUCCACGACGCGCCGUUGCUCGCAAAUCGCCGCCGCGCAGGGCCAGCAUUUGGAUGUGGGCGAUGGCGCCAGCAGCAAGGAGGAAUCCAGUGAAUCCAGUGAGAGCAGUGGGCAGCAAAUCCAGCGCUCCGGCAAGGCGGGGGCGGCGAUUGAGAGGAGGCGAAGGGCGGCCGCUCCUCUGCCCGACCUCCUCACUGUCAAAGGCAUUGGGCCUAGGAAUAUGGAAAAGCUCGUCGCCAAGGGAAUAGGGAAGCUUGUGGAGCUCAAGCAGCUCUAUCGUGACAAGUUUCGUACUGGUGGAACCGAGAAGCUGGUGGAAUACCUUGUUGCCUCCGUGGGAGUACACAAGAAUCACGCGAAUGUGAUCGCCUCCUUCAUCAAGGAUGCCGUGGACAAGGAGCUGGAGAGCAGCGGCCAAGCCUCGCAGGCCAAGAAGAGGCUCACCUUCUGUGUGGAAGGCAACAUCAGCGUUGGAAAGACCACCUUCCUCCAGCGGAUUGCAAACGAGACUUUCGAGCUGCGAGAUCUCGUGGAAGUUGUCCCGGAGCCGAUUGGGAAGUGGCAGGACGUCGGGAAGGAACACUUCAAUGUUCUCGACGCCUUCUACGCCGAGCCGUCGCGGUACGCCUACACUUUUCAGAACUACGUGUUCGUCACUCGGCUGAUGCAAGAGCGUGAAUCCGCGAAUGGACUCAAGCCUUUGAGGCUCAUGGAGAGGAGCGUCUUCAGCGACAGGAUGGUGUUUGUGCGUGCCGUGCACGAAGCAAAGUGGAUGAGCGAGAUGGAGAUCAGCAUCUACGACUCGUGGUUCGACCCGGUGGUAGCCGAGCUUCCCGGUUUGGUUCCCGACGGAUUCAUCUACUUGCGAGCCAGUCCAGACGCUUGCCUUCGGCGGCUCCAGAUGCGAAAGAGGCCCGAGGAGCAGAAAGUGACGCUCGACUACCUCAAGGGACUCCACGAGAAGCACGAGCAGUGGCUGUUCCCAACCACGCCGUCCCCCAACAGCGUCAUGUCUGUCAAAGAGUGGCUUCCAACUCUCCACCAGCCGCCGCCCAGGAUCAAAGACCGCGUCUUCUACCUCAAAGGCGAUCACGUCCACUCUUCCAUCCGGGAGGUCCCGGCAUUGAUCCUCGACUGCGAGGCUUCGAUCGACUUCAGCAAAGACGUGGAGGCCAAAGCAGAAUAUGCUCGACAAGUAGCCGAUUUUUUCGAGUACGUGAAGCAAACUCGAAAUGUGGAAGCCGGUGUUCGUGACAAUCUUUUGCUGUCAGCAGGGAGGCCCAUUCUCGGCCCCGAUGGGCUCGUUCUCAGGCCUUAAUCCUUGUGUGUUUCUUCUUUCUUUUUUUCUUUUUUUUGUUCUUUCCUUCUUUCCACUACGUUUUGUAUUUGACAGUAAGUUGGAAACGCGGUCUUUUUUUACUUGAAAUCACAAUACAAUUACACAAAAAA